CACACUCAAACGCGUGUUCUCCACUCAGCCAUAGAAUUUGUCCAUCACAAAAUCUAAAACUCUUAUUCUUCCACCUCACACAAUUAAACUUUUUCUUCAAAUCCAUCUUCAUGUAUAAAAGACAUUGCAGAUCACUUGGAAUUUUAGGCUCUUUCCUAUAAUGUUAUGGAGAUAUCUCUCUUGGAUCAGUGCCUUUUUUCAAUUUAAUGAUCUUUUGAAAUAUCUGUUGCUUUUCCAAAAUCAACCGCAUUAUUUCUUCUUUUUCCUUCAUUGUUCUUCUGAAAAUUUCUCCCUCUUGCAGCUACUUGAAGAGCAGUGCUUGAAUUUUAGAGCUGAGAAGAGGUUAAAUACAACAAAAUUUAAAAGGAGAGAUAAAAAGUAUGGAAAUUGAACCUCCAUUACAAGUUUUCUAUAAUGCCCUCAUGAAGAAAGAUGGUGAGGAGGGUGAAAAUGGAAGAAUAUUGGAGGAUGAAAGGGAACUAGUGGUGGAGGAAUGUGAUGAGCUACCACUUAUUGAUUUAGGGCUUCUAAAAAUGGGGAAUUUAGAGAGAGAGAAGUGCAAAAGGCAGAUUGUUGAAGCAGCAAGAAAUUGGGGUUUUUUUCAAGUGGUGAAUCAUGGGGUUCCAGAGAGGGCAUUGAAGGCAGUGAUGUUUGAGCAAAAGAAAGUGUUCAAUCAGCCUUUUGAGAAGAAAAGUUUGAGAAAUUUUAUGAAUUUGAGUGGGAGUUACCGCUGGGGGAACUCACAGGCCAUUUCCCCAACCCAAAUCUCUUGGUCUGAGGCUUUCCAUAUUGCUGUUUUGGAGGUUCCAAGCUUGGAGGACCAAUAUUUGAGCCUCAG